GGGAUGUCACCCUGGAUGCUGACACAGCUCAUCCCAGAUUGGAGAUCUCUGCAGAUGGGAGGACAGUGAAGGACACUGGUGUCAUCAGAGACUUGCCCAAGAAGAAGAAGAGAUUUGAUUCCCACACUUUUGUGUUGGCAAAGGAAGGAUACACAUCUGGGAAACACUACUGGGAAGUAUAUGUUCGGGGAAGAAGAAGUUGGGCCUUGGGUAUUGCCCAGGAACCUGUGACUCGCAAGGGGCCAUUGACUCUGUCCCCUAAGAAUGGCUUCUGGGUCAUUGGGAGUGUAGAUGGGAGAGAAUAUUGGGCCUACACAGAUUGUUGGACCCGUCUGAGUGUGAGUGGGAAGCUGGAAAAGAUUGCGAUAUUCCUGGACAUCCCAGCCAAGGAGCUGAGAUUUUAUGAUAUCCAUAAGAAAGCAGCAGCUCUGUACACUUUUAGCCUUGCUGAUGUCAGCAUCCAGGAAGGGAAAUUCAUUCCCUUCUUCUCCACAGGCCAUGCUACUACAGAGCCUGACACUGAGCCUCUG